UCAGCGCGCCAUGCUGCCCCCUGCUGGUGCGCAUUCUGAACAGCAUAGAGGUAGUUCCUGGUUAAAGGAAAACACGUUUUUUGGCGACUGCUAGCUCAGCUUCUAACUUUAUUUUUUUUAAAGAUGGAAGUCGUUUCUUCUUAGUUUUCCAAAGACCGAUCAAACAAAGGCGACACUGGAAGUCAACUUUGUAUGUUGUGCACGUGCGAGAGGUAUGAUUUUGUGAAGGAGUUUGACCACGGUAGCCUUGCGGCCCCCCAGCUAAGCUAGCCAACUUGCUAACUAGCUACAGUCCAAAAUGAAUGAGUGCUGCGCCGCCUCGAACUGUGACUACCAGCAGCGGGAAUCGGGAAAAGACUCGCAGCUUUUCAGCUUUCCGUUGGACCCGGAACGCUGCAAACAAUGGACGAACAACUGUCAGCGAACAGACCUGGCGUCCCAGCCUCCAGAAAAGCUGCAUAAACUCUACAGACUCUGCUCCAGACACUUUGAGUCCUCGAUGAUCUCCCAUCAGAGUGCCUCCACCUUUGUCCUGAAGGAAGAUGCUGUUCCUACAAUAUUUGACUUUACUGUGAAUAAACAGUCAGAAAACAGCAGGAAACGAGCUCAGGAGCCUUCAGAAGAGGAGCCUGCUGCUGUGAAGAAAACAAAGGGAGAUUCAGCAUCAGAAGUAAGAGAGAAGAUGUUAGAAGUGUCUGGUGAAGACGGGGCAACACUGGAACCACAAGCAGAUCCACAAAGCCACGGGAUCGGAACCACCUCAAAGGCGAAAGAUGUUUUGAAAGUUUUUUUCAAGGAAAUUCUUGCCAUGACGGGAUUUAGCAUUAGUGGAGCAAAAACUGAUGAGCCGAUAGGAGGCGCGAGGGUCCAUCAAGUUCACAAUCAUGUUUGCUUGGAGAAAAUCGACAGGAAGGAGAUCCUGCAGUUCAGCGAGGACCUGAUGCGUGAGGAGAUCCAGACCAGUUUACGGCUCGCCCGCUUCUUCUCCAUCCUGCUCCAGGAUGUGACCAACAUGGACGGGAAGGAGCAGAUUCCCGUCUUCAUCAGGUCCGUCACAGUGGCUGGUUUCCCGCAGAAGCACCUCAUUGGCUUCUUGCCAUGUGACUUAGACACAGAGAGUCUGUUUUAUACGCUGAUCUCUGAGCUGAGAAACAAGUGGGGGCUGAGAAUGGAGCACUGCAGGGGCCUCACCUAUGUGGUCACCGGGAGCAUGUGUCAGAAGAUGAGAGACCUGACCUGUAAAGUACUGCAAGAGUUUCCACAGGUCGUUUUGUCACCAAGUGACCCUUACGCAUUCAACAUCUGGAUAAUCCGCUGCAUGCCCGUGCCGGCCAUACAGAAAGUGGCAGAUUCAGUAGAAGAAGUGGCGUCGUUACUCAGGAGGACGCCGGAGCUCAGCAAGCGAUUAGAGGGGAAGAUCCAGAUGACAUACGGGCACAUUAAGGGGGAGGUGGAAAGGAUCAAAGCUGGCCUCACCGGGAACUGGGAGUACGGCACGGACGCCUUCCAGACCAUGCUGGAAAUCCUUGAACCGAUCCUGAACUGCAUCAACGAGGUCAUCUCAAAGGUGGACGAAGACACGGCCGAGCGGAUGGCCAAGCUCAAGCCUAUUCUGAAGAAUUUCAACUUCAUCAUCACUCUUGUUGUCCUGAAGAACACCCUGUGCUGUGUGAGCAUACUCAACUCCAGUCUCCGGGGAAUCAUUAGCAUCAGCAGCACUUUGCAGUACACCAUUUCUAACGCCUUGAAGCUGGUCAACAAGUACCUGCAGGAUCUGGCAAUCCUCAACAGAAAGUGGUUCUCAGAUGCAAUGAGUCGAGCCAAGAAGCUGGGAGUGGAGGUGACUAGACCAGAGAUGGAUCAAGGCGAGACAGCUGAGAUGCCAUUGGAGGACUUCUAUAGAGAGACUCUGAGCCGGCCCAUCCUGCAGUACCUUGUUGCUGAGGUGAACCGGGUAUUCAGCAUAGAGAUGGUUAGGAUUCUGCGGUGGCUCUCCCUGGUUCCAUCUUACAUGGCAGACCAUAACUUCAGCAUUCGCAGGGAUAAGGUCGCAGAUGCAAACCUGAACAAUUUAGCUCGUCCCGACACGUUCUACGAAGAGCUCGGCUGCUGGGAGGUGAAGUGGAGACACGCCAGCAAGCGCAGGAUCCUGCCAACCACAGUGUUCGCCACUCUGAAGAUCCCAGAUAUCGGCUUUUACCCCAACGUUCAGAGCCUGCUGAAGGUGCUGGGCACGGUUCCCUGUGUGAACGCAGAGGCCGACGUGUAUGGCCAGUACCACAUGGUCCUGGAGCGGUGCCACUUCUUCCUGAAAGCCACGCCACUGGACCAACGGCAGUGUAGCAAAGCCUUCAUCUACGUGAACCAGGACGUGCAUUUCAAUGUAGAAAAGAUGGUGGAGACGUACGUUCAGAAACAUCCCGAGAUCUUGCAGCUGCUGCAGGUUGAUGACGCAGCAGAGAUCCCUCCACAAGUGACAGUCCAUGGGAAUCAUGCUGAGAAGGACACUGAAGAAGAGAUUCAGCUCAUAAACCUGGAGAUGGAUGCUGACCGUCUGGUGGAGAUGAAAUGUGCAGAGACCGAUAGAGAGGCACUGAAGUCGGCCUUGCAGGCCGCGGUGACCUCUGCCUACAGCAGUCACAGCAGGCUGCACAGUGACGGGGGUGUAGGCCAGGACGGAGAAGUGGAGUAUGUGACCAAGUCAGAGAUGAAGGAGGUUCUGGCUGUGUGCGAGAGCGCCGUCAGGGAGGGCAUCCUCAUGGAGGUGGGGGGCUCCUUCUUUUCUCUGAUAAUCGACCGCGUGGUCAGACUGGGGGACAGGGACUACCUUCCGCUCUUCCUCAGAUUUGUGGACAGUUUUGAUGUGAUGCGUUUGGAGCUGAUGGGAUUUAUUCAAGCAGAUCUGGACUGUGAGGCGAUGGUGCAGCGGCUGAUGGACAUAGUCACGGUGGAGUGGCAUCUCGAUUUGAGUAACUGCAGAGGUCAGGCGUACCUCGGCUCUGGUGACGUUUCCUACAAACUAAAGGCUUUUGCCUGCAAAGUUCAGGAGAAGCAUCCUCUGGCCAUAAGCACCCACUGCUCUUGUUACUCCUUCAACACAUGGUGGUCAAAAUCAAUCCCAGCCCCCGCUGUGAAGAGAGCUCUGGACACAUUUGAAGAGGUCGUGGCGUUCUUUGGCAGCAGCGCCGCGUUAGAGAAGCAGCUUGACCACGUCAUCGCAUUUGGUCUUCGAGAGAGCUAUGAGAAGGUUCAGGAGUUGCAGGGGGCUUUCUGCACCUUGUGGCACGAGAAGCACGAUUCCUACGAGGCUUUUGUGCAGAUUCUAGAGCCGUUGGUCGAGUGUCUUGAGAAGAUCAAGAGCAACCCACAGAGAUGGAUGCUGUCCGUGUCUGACCAAGCAGGAGCUCUCCUCCGCAAGGUCAUGGAGUUUGACUUCAUCAUCGCCAUGGUAGUCCUGAAGAACGCCUGCUCCUUCACCAGAGAGCUGAGUGCAGGACUCCAGAAAGACCAGUUCAGCACCGCGUCCCAGCUGUGUCAGAUCAAUGGCAUCGUGGCCACUCUGAACAGAGUGAAAACUAACAUGAAGGUCUUUCAUCAGAACUGGUUUGACGAGGCCUCCGCCAUCGCCCAGAGCCUUCGAGUUCAGAUCGAAGUUCCUGAAAACUCUCUGCCCAGAGACGGCAUGAUCAAGCCUGUGGGAUACUACAAAGACUGCCUGAGCGUGCCUCUCAUCGACAACCUCAUCAAUGCUGUGAAGGAUUACUUCUCAGAUGAUCACAAAGAAGCUCUCAACUUCCUCUCGCUGGUGCCGUGCUCCGUCACCGUCAGCUACAUGUUUGAGAGCUUGAAGUCGAAGCCUCCACUCUACAGCAGUGACCUUCCAGACGCAGACAACUUCUUCACCGAGCUAUGCUGCUGGAGAGUCACCUGGAAGACCAAAGUGGCCUCUGUGACCAUCCCAAGCUCCAUAUUUCAUACACUGCGUCUGCCGCUCAUGCAGUACUUCGGGAACAUCAACAUGCUGCUGAGGAUCAUGUCUGUGCUGCCCAGUACUGUACUGGAGGACUGCGGGGUCGUGAUGCGCCACAAGAGGUUCCUGGACUACCUCAGACACACAAACCCCAAAGACAGGUCUCCAUGUUUGGCCAUGCUGCAGGUGAGCACAGACUACAACAGAGACCUGGACCGCAUGGUGACCCAGUGCCUGAAGGUUACUCCACAAGCCCUGGAGGGUAUCUGUCUGGACAAAGAGUCUAAAAGUCUGGUGAGAAACUUUGAAAACAACAUGGAAGUGGAUUGUGUCGAAAAGGAAGUUGAAGACCACAAAGUCCAGCAAUCCCCUGAAAGGAUUCAGGAUGUGGAGGUGAACGCUGUGGAUCAGAAUGGACACGCAGAAGACAAUCGUCGAAACCUGCGGACGGUUUUCCGGCUGGCUGCUCAUCUGGGGAAAAGCAACCGCGGGCUGAGCGAGCUCUCGGAAGAAGAGCGGGAGCUGUACGUUCAGGACCUGAAAAUGUGCCACUGGUUUGGAAGUGAGAGCAAAAGUGUUCCUCCUGUGGGGGAUGAAGAGGUGCUGAGCCUCCUCACAAACGCCAUCAGAGACGUCAUACUGGAAGAAAUUCAAGAAUCCCCGUUUUUCUCUCUGAUCACAGACAAAGCUGUCAGAGUAGUCGAUCAGACUUACCUCCCGGUUUUUGUCAGGUAUGUUCGGGAAUCUUCUCCAAAGGUAGAGCUCAUGGGUUUCUUACCCUUUGAUGAAAGCUCUGAUGUUGAGAUGCAGGCGAGUAAACUUUCAAAGCUCCUCACUGAGGACUGGGGGUUACCCAUGUCUCAGUGUCGAGGGCAAGCUUUUAUGUAUUUAGGCUUAGGCUAUCAAACCCUGAAGAAAAUGUCUGUGGAGUUUCUGAAGAGCUUCCCGCUCUGCGUGGUCACGCCCAGCGAGUCUUGUGGCCUGGCCCAGUGGCUGGCCGGCAGCGUGCCUUGCCCCUCAGUGGCGAAGAUGCUGGAGGUGGCGGAGGACCUGCUGCUGUUCUUCGACGAGUCUCCGGGUCUGCAGAGACAGUUGGCUCAGGCUGUGGAUGGUCUGCUCAACACCCCCAGGGAGGCGUUGGAAGAAAUCCCAGAAACCUGCUGCUCCAGGUGGAAGAAGAGGGAGGACUUCUUCGACAUUCUCACCGACACACUGGAGGGCAUCCUGAGCUGCCUGGAUGCCGUGAGCUCCACGGCUACAGGGGCCUGGCUGAUGCAUGCUCAGGUCCUCUCCACGGCUCUGAGGAACAUGGACUUCAUCGUCACACUGGUGAUCUUGAAGAACGCCUGUGCUCCGCUGCGUAACUGCAGCACGGUUUUCCGCUGCGGGAACCCCGCUGACAUACUGUGUGAGGUGGAGAAAAUCCCCCUCAUCAUAGACACUCUCAGCAAAAUGCUGAAGAACAUCAGCAGCAUCCACUCCGUUUGGUUUGAACAGGCCUUCCAGCUGGCAACCAAGGUGGCUCCUGAGCAGGUGUGCUUCUCAGAGGAAGCCAGCAGCUAUGAUUCUCCUGAAAUCUACUACAGAGAGAACCUGAGCAUACCUCUGCUGCAAAGCCUCAUCAAGGAGAUGAAGUACUGCUUCUCAGACAGCCACCUGAACGCCCUGUCCGUGCUGUCGUUGUUGCCCGCCUGUAACCCACAGCCCGUUGUGUCGGAGUCUGUGGAAAGGCCUUUCAGCCUCUACCUCGCAGACCAUCCUGAACUUGAAGGGAUCGAGCAGGAGAUCAACACCUGGGCCGCUGUGUGGAGAGAGAAGUACCAGGACGUGGCCCCCCCGACCUCGAUAGCUGAAACCCUCGCCCACCCCGAAUCCAAGAGUCACCCCGCGGUGAGCCUGCUGCUCAGACUGGUGGCCGUGCUGCCCAGCGUCAGCAUGGAGUGUGACAGGAUGAAGAGCACCCUCAACGCCCUGAAGGACCUGCUGAAGCAGACCGUGUGCAGAGGCAGCCGGACGGACCGGGUCAUGCUCCUCUACCACUGCCCCACGCUGCAGAGGCUGCCGGAGGUCGUCCACAAGAGCACCGAGGUCGAUCAGGAGAGCAGCUCUUACCUGUCGCAGGUGAUGCAAACGCUACAGCGUCUAAAGUUAGAUGCAGAAAGCUUAGGCCGGGUUUUACCUGAAGCGUCCUGCUCUGGUGUGGGGGCGGGACCAACUGAUGGAGAGGAGGAGCCCGCUGAGGGAGACGUGACCGGUCCAGAACCGAGAGCAGCGGUGUCUUUCUACGAGCCUCAGCAGCGUGAGCAGAUCAUCAAGGAGCUCUGGGACUCGCAGUUCUUUACCAUCAUCACUGAGCAGGCGGUGAAGAUCGACGGGCAGCCAUAUGUCCCGCUGUGCGUCAGGUACCUGAAAAAAGACGACAUCCAGUGUGAGGAGACUCUGGCUUUCAUCCCCUUCACUAACGACUCGGUGGUCCUUUCGGAGGCCAUUGAAAUCGCGCUGUCUGAGAAGUGGGGGCUGAACAUGGAGUACUGCCGAGGACAGGCCUCCCUGAGCGUUGGAGAAGUGGGAGCUAAAAUGCGAGCUGUGAGCUCAGCGAUCGCUGAGAAGUACCCUCACAUCGUUCGAACGGUUAGCUCUGCCCUGUCGCUGAACGGUUGGCUGGCCAAGUCUUCUCCUGUGAACCCGGCAGCCGGCGGAGCGGCCCUCAUAACCAGGCUCCUCCACUGGCUCACCGAGGACACGCAGCGGCAGAUCAAACUGGAAGACAUGAUCCUUUACGUGUUCCAGCGGGAUGAGGGGCGGGGCAACGAGCUGAGAGACAAACUGGUGAAGAACUGGGAGAAAAGUCACGAGAUGCAUGAGGUGAUGGUGGAGAUCUCUGAAGCGGUGCUGUUGUGUCUGAAUGAGCUGAAGGUGGAGGGCAGCGAGUCGGAGCAGCAGCAGGCAGCCGCCUUCUUCAAUGCUGUCCGGAACUUUGACUUCAUCUUCUCCACUGUGGUGCAGAAGAACGUGCUGAGCGUGACGCAGAAGCUGAGCGCCGCUCUUCAGGGCAAACCUUUAGACGUGCUGCUCGCCGUGAAUACCUUGCCUGACGUGAAGGCGUCCCUCUGCAAACUGGAGAGUGACAUUGACAUCCAUCACAAAAGCUGGUUCGAGGAAGCCGUGACCCUGGCAUCCAAACUCAAUGUUACCCUGCUGCACCCCGUCCUCCUCGAGCCCCUGAGCGACUUCUACAAAGAAUCUGUCAGCCUGAAGGUGGUUCUCCACUCAAAGGAAGAAAUCAGCGAACUUUUCACCGAAAAGGUGUUGGAUACUCUGAGAUGUUUGGAGAUUGUGCCUUACGCAAUGUCCAAAGUAGAAACCAGCAUCCUCAGCGGCCUGGUUUUCCGCCUGUACAAGGAGGACUUGCCCGACCAGGCGUCGCUGCACGCUGAGAUGAAGGCGUGGAAGGAGAAGUGGCUGGACCCUCUGGCCGGCUACCUUCCAUCCACUGUGCUCGACACGCUCAAGGCGUCUCAGAUACGCAGCUUCAGCAACAUCGAAACUCUGCUCAGGCUGCAAGUCAUCCUACCGUUUUCUAGGAAGGAGAGCAACUUCCGGCAGGGCAGACGCAGCUUGCAGGACUUCAUGCAGCAGAAGAAGAGACUGCUGUCUGACCUCCACCCUCUGUAGAUGUUUGAGCAACUCGUCUGCCUGAAGACACGGUUCCCAUGUACAUUGAUGAGUUUUAUUCUGCAAAGCCCCACCUGUGCUCCCUUUUCUAUGAAUUUGUAGUUUGUACAGUCGUUCUACCCCACGGGACCAACAACAACACAUCGCUGAUGCUUUUCAAUGCUUGUGUGCCUUGAUGAGACACUAAUAUUUCACCUCAUGUUCCAUAUUAAUAGAGAGUAUAAUGAUGUUUGACUGCUUUUAAAGGGUGGGGAGGAGGGAUUCUGAGUGAUGAAAUUGGCCCGUCUCUCCUGGAGGCCACAACCAGAAAUAGUUGGUUCUUAUGUCUCCUGUUUUUGUCUCCUUUCAGAAAUUUGCUGUUUCUUUAAGAAGGAUCUUUCCUCGAUAGUAAAACUCCAUAUAUAUUUGUCAAAAAAAAAUUAUUAAAAUAAUCCAAAAAGA